UAAAAAUAUUAAAAUGAUUAAAAUAAUUACAAAAUAGAAUAUAAGGAAUAUUUGUUUUUAUGUGUAUUUACCUAUCUUUCAGGCACAUGUGAUCCUUCUGCAGAUAUGAAAAAUGUUAAUAGAAUUGUUAGAAAUAAAUACGAAAUGGAUGAGGAAUUGAAUAUUCGUCUUUAUGUGAAGAGACGCACUUGUCAUACACGUGCAGGAUGCAUCCGCAGCGAUUAAAAUGUUAAUACAAUUUUUAAAAGAUGUUUACAAAAUAUUAUUUAAACAAAAUAUGGAUUGUCCACAAGUUUAAAUGGGAACUUAACGUUUCCAUAAUAAAGUUACUAAAAUUCAAAACGGGAAGUUAUCCAUCAAGCAAUACAGAGUGACAAAAUAAAAGGCAACACAAUAACGUAACAUACUUGAGGCUUCAUAUGGCACUUUAAAAAAAAUCUAAUCUACUUUUUUCCCACAUGAUUUUCAUGUAACUUCUAGCUCGCUUGACAGAAAUGCAUUAUCAGUAACCUAUUAACUGUAUUUCGCCGUAAAAAAAAAAAAAGAGAAAAAAAAGCUAUACUCCAUUGGAAGUGACGACAUAAAUAUUAAGCGGAAGUAAAACAUUUGGCGCUAAAGCUUGAGAACUGACCAGAAGUCCAUAAAGUCAACAAAGAUGGAUGCCGCCCAAAAAAUGAAGUCCAGAGUUUCGACAGACUUCAAAAUGCGGGGACUCAUUCUCCGACCUGAAGCCACCAAGUACCUGAUGGAGGUCCUGGAGUCUGUCAAGCCCUGUGAGCUGGAUGACAUCAUCGAAAGAGUGCUGGAUGCUGUGGAGAAGCAACCAUUGUCUUCUAGCAUGAUCGAGCUAUCGGUGGUGGAAAAUGCCAUGCAGGACUGCUCUCAAUCCUGCGAUGAGGCCGUAAGUAACAUUUUCAACAUCAUCGGAGCGUUCGACGUGCCCAGAUACAUUUACAAUGCGGAGCGUAAGAAGUUUGUCCCCAUCAGUAUGACCAAGCAUUCGGCUCCAGGCCUGUGCGGCGUCGCCAGAGACAAGGCGGAACUUUUUCGGGAGCGCUACACAAUCUUACAGCAGCGCACACGUCGACAUGAGCUGUUCACCCCGCCUGUCAUAGGAGCUGCUGUAGUGCAUAAUCAAAACAAAUUUCAGCUGAAGACCAUCGAAGCUUUACGUGGCAGCGCAUCCAAACUGGGGGGUGUGAUCGUACUCGGCAUGAUCACACAACUAAAAGAGGGGAAAUUCUACCUGGAAGAUCCAACCGGAACAGUAGAGCUCAAUAUGUCCAAGGCACAGUUUCAUAACGGCCUUUACACUGAAUGCAGUUUUGUACUGGCUGAGGGCUGGUACGAGGACUCGGUGUUCCACGUCAACGGGUUUGGCACUCCGCCGAUAGAGCCUUCAUCAGCCACAAGGGCUUACUUCGGCAACGUGAACUUCUUCGGCGGUCCGUCCACUACCUCGGUGAAGGCGUCGGCCAAGCUUAAGCAGCUGGAGGAGGAGAACGAGGACGCCAUGUUUGUCAUGGUUUCCGACGUGUGGCUGGACAGCGUGGAAGUGAUGGAAAAGCUCAACCUCAUGUUUUCAGGCUAUGCCGCAAUGCCUCCCACAUGUUUCAUCUUUUGUGGAAACUUCUCUUCUGUCCCGUAUGGAAAAAGUCACAUCAAAUCGCUCAAAGAGUCACUCAAAUUGCUAGCUGACAACAUAUGCGCACAUCCUAACAUACACAACAGUAGCCGGUUUGUGUUCGUUCCCGGCCCUGAAGAUCCAGGCCCAGGCACCAUCCUGCCACGACCUCCACUGGCUGAUCACAUCACUGAGGAGUUCAGAGAGAGGGUUCCUUUCUCCGUGUUCACCACCAACCCAUGCAGGAUCCAGUACUGCAGCCAGGAGCUCAUCAUCAUCCGGGAAGACUUGGUCAACAAAAUGUGCAGAAACUGCGUGGGCUUGCCCAACAGCAACUUGGACAUUCCCAACCAUUUUGUCCGGACCAUCCUGUCCCAGGCUCACCUGGCCCCGCUGCCUCUCUACGUUACUCCCGUGUUUUGGGCGUACGACUACGCCCUGCGCGUGUACCCUGUCCCCGACGUCGUGGUCUUUGCUGACAAGUGCGACCCCUUCAGCAUCACGCACUCCGACUGCCUUUGCGUCAACCCGGGCUCCUUCCCAAGAAGUGGUUUUACAUUUAAGGUGUACUAUCCAUCCAACAGAACCAUUGAGGACAGGUUGGAACUUUUCUGUACAUUUGUUGUAUUUAAACAUUACAUUAAAACAACAUUACUCUGUCUCCACAGCAAACUUCAAGGACUUUAAAAGAGAUAAAGGAAAAUGUUUUCUUUUCACUGUACAUGAAAUUAUUAUUUGUUGUAUUUUUGUGUGUUCUGUAAUGAAUAAAUGUUAUGGAAUGCAGUUGUUUUCUACUUCUGUCAAUGCAAUUUUCCUAAUCGGAAGUGAACCCGUAUUGUCCAUCAUAAAACCUUUAUUAGCUGUACAGUAAUACUUUUCUUGACCAUGUCAAUCAAGACAGAUCAUUAUUCUAUUUUUUUUUAUAUAGUCGUAAGGUUCUGCUGUACCUAAUUUCGUGGCCAGUGAAAAUAAA